AUGUGCCAGGAAAUGCGGACCCACCUCUACACUACAUUCGUGGACUUGGCGAAAGCCUUCGACACGGUAAAUCGCGAUAAACUUUGGAAAAUGAGGCAGAAAUUUGGCUGUCCGGAACACUUCACGCACAUUGCGCUUCAGCUCCAAGACGGGAGAAUGGCUUGCGCCAUGGACAAUGGGACCACCUCAAAAGAAUAUGCAGUGACCAAUGGGGUGAGGCAGGGCUGUGUACUGGCCCCCACCAUGACUUCUGUCAUGCUGAUGGACGUCUACUGUGGUGAGUGUCCCGGCAUCCGAAUUACCUACAGGACCGAUGUGCAUCUUUCUAACAGCCGGCACAGUGAAGCCUCAACACGUCUCCCCACGACUGCUGUUCACGAUCUGCUCUUCGCUAAUGACUAUGCGGUCGGCACCACGACAGAAGCAGACAUGCAAAACAACAACCCCAACUGCUGCCUCCACAAUCGUAUACAACGUCUCCCCUGCACCAACUCCCACGGCGUCCACGACGUCGAACUCCUUAACCACAGGUGA